AUGGCUAUGGAAACUUCGUCGAGCUUCGCGGCUCGGAGACAAGCGACACAGGCUCUGCCACCAUUCCAUCUCCCGUCGGCAAACCAAGAUAUUCCCAGUAUGAGUAGACCGUCUCAUCAAUAUCCCUUCAGUUAUCACAGCCAACCUGUUCAAUCGCCAGGUUCUUCCUGGCAAGCCCCCGCAAUGAUUCCGCCGUCGGCCCCUCCUUCCUCAUCCUCCGCUACUUCAAACACCCAUCAUUCUCCACAUACCGCCAGCUCUGGUCUAACAUCGCCUUCAGGAGUGACAGGUGAUGGGCUCAGCCCGCUCUCCUCCGGUGUAAACACCACCAGCUCCCAGAGCUCCCAGUACUAUGGAGGGAACGUUCACGGAUCAUGGCCGACUCCCUCGAGUUCUUACCAGCUAAGCUCUGGUACCCCGCAAGGCCUCACUCAGCAACCGCAUUACGGCUCACGCGCGAGCACCUACGAGCAGCAAUCGCCCAUGUCGUACUCGCGUACCUCGCAGUCACCAGCAACGGGCGGUGAAGGUCUCCCAGCACCGCCUUACGCACAAGGCCAUCAGCCUUUUCAGACGGCCUACUCCCAAGCAGGGGCAGGGUCUACUCCAGUUAGUUUGCCUUCCCAGGCGCCUCCGACUGCCCAAGGCGCAAUCCUCGGCUCUCAGACUCCCGUCUCCACGCAGCCUCCCACGCCUGGUGGUGUUUCUUCGCACAUUGACUCAUAUGCGCAGUCCCGUCCGCCAGCUACGCCAGCCUACUACUCCACGUCCGCGGCAUCGCAACAGACUGGAUUCCAAAGCUAUCAAUCGCACACCUCGCCCACCGCCCCCUCUCCUACGACUUCGGCUGGACCUGGGAGGGGAUUGGCCUCUCUUCAGCAUCCCUCGGGGAUGGCACCUCCUCAGCCUUAUCGCUAUGGCUAUGGGGUGCCGUCAAUGGGAGGGCCUAUCAUGUCCAAUCUAAAUACUCCAGGUCACCAGAUGUCUCUCGUUCCCGGCAUGGGUGUUCCUGGAUAUGCCCAUCACUUGGCUCCUUCGAUGUACGGCCACGGUCACGGCGGCCAGCCGAGCCCUCAGACAGAACGCCCUUUCAAGUGUGAUCAGUGCCCCCAGUCGUUCAACAGAAAUCACGAUUUGAAGAGGCAUAAAAGAAUUCAUCUUGCGGUGAAGCCUUUUCCAUGCAACUUUUGCGAUAAAAGUUUUUCUAGAAAGGACGCCCUGAAGAGACAUCGGCUUGUCAAGGGUUGCGGAACCAAGGAAGCGGGAGAUACAUCGAAUGACAACAACCGUCGCUCGCCUCAGGACCACUCCGACGAUGGCACUCCUCCACUCAAGCGAGAGUGA